GUGCGCAAUGACGAAAUGUAUUGGAAUAUGCAGAGAAUGCGACAGAAGAACGCUCUGUACACGACAACGACUGGAAACAACUGGCGUCCGUAUGCAUAUACAGCACAGUAAAUUGCUAGGGAGGUGAUGUUCAUUAUACUCCUGAGCUCACCAGAAAUUAUUCAGAGAGGAGGAAGAAGAAGAAGAAGAAAAAGUAGUUGUUUCGUCGAUUGAAAGAAAUUACUCAAACAUGAGCUUAACUGGCCUAAUUGGCCGUCUUUUAGGGAAGGAAGAAAGGAUGGAGGAUUGUGAAGAAGCAGCGAAAGUGGAAUCAAUGUGGAUAUACCCUGUCAAAUCAUGCCGUGGAAUUUCCGUUUCUGAAGCACCCAUCUGUUCUACUGGAUUCCGGUGGGAUCGUCUAUGGAUGGUGGUGAAUUCAGGAGGCAGAGCGUGCACGCAAAGAGUUGAGCCAAGUCUCGCCCUCGUUGAAGUGGAGCUGCCGCGCGACGCCUUCUGCGAGGGUUGGGAGCCGAAAAACGGCUCGUUUUUAGAGAUAAGGGCUCCUGGUAUGGAUGCUCUCAAGGUCCCAUUGAUUGAACCUUCCACUGUAUCUGAUGGUAUCUCUGUAUGGGAAUGGUCUGGCUCUGCUUUGGAUGAGGGAGAUGAAGCAGCAGAGUGGUUCACCAAGUAUCUUGGGAAACCUUGCCGGCUAGUGCGCUUUCAUGAAGCAUCACAGACUAGGCCUGUGGACCCCAACUAUGGCGCUGGCCACAAGAUUAAGUUUAAUGAUGCCUAUCCAAUUCUUCUUGCAUCCCAGAAAUCACUGGAUGUUUUAAACGAGCAGAUGAAGGAGCCUGUUUCUAUGAAUCGCUUUAGACCCAACAUUCUUGUUGAUGGAUGUGAACCGUAUGCUGAAGAUUUUUGGAAAGAGAUCAAGAUAAACGGGUUAACAUAUAAUAGCGCACAACUAUGUUACCGCUGUAAGAUACCUAGAGUUAAUCAAGAAACAGCAGAAGUAGGCGCUGAGCCAAAUGAAACUCUUACUAAGUUCCGCUCAAGUGAGAACUUGCAUCCCGAUAAAAAACCACAUGGAAGGGUGUACUUCGGACAGACUUUCGUUUGUAAUGAUUGGGAUGCUCGAGGAAAACCAAAAACCAUUAAGGUGGGAGAUCCAGUUUAUGUCCUCAAGAUGGUCUCUUCCUAUGGUGAUGUUGCAGUUUGAACUCCAAUCUCUUUCAAUGUUGAUGAAAUGAAACCAUUUCCCAUGGCUUAAGAUUUACCAUAAACAUUUUACCCGUUUCACUGUUUGUUACUCUUCCAGUUUGUACUUGUAUUAAGUGAUGUGGAAAAAUUAAAAUUGUAGUUGUGUGGUAUAUAAUCUUUUCAUCAACUGCGAUAUUUUCAUAA